CAUUUUGCGUCUGCUUGUAAAAAUGGCCGCCUCCAAGCUUACCGCAUGCGUUGUGCGCAGCACCACAGUUUAGUUCUUCUGCUAUAGGUUUGUUGAGGAUUACUGGCUGUAUAAACGUUUGCGACAAGUUAUGUGCAGCUAGUCCUCCUUUCACCAUAGUCAUUUUACUGCAGCCACCAUCAUGAGUCGCAUCGUGAAGAUCUUCAAGACUUUGCGAAAUCACUGGAAAAAGUCCACUUUCGCCGCUUGUUUGCUGACUUACGGAGGAUGGUACCUCAACGAAAGGCACAAGACUACCCUCAUGAUGAGAGCUCUUUGCCUGCGAGCAAAGACCUACGGCGACGAGCCUCUUCCUUCGGGAGCCAAGCCCAGACACGUCACUGUUAUCCUUAACCCGACGUCCAAGGAUGGGAAAGGAAAAAUUCUUUAUGAGAAGUAUGCUGCCCCACUCUUUCAUCUUGCUGGCAUCCGUGUCAGCUUCUUCCAGACUGAGUAUGAGGGCCAAGCCAAAAGUUUGAUGGAAGUGCUGGACAACACCGAUGCCGUGGUCAUAGCCGGAGGAGAUGGCACAUUACAUGAGGCCAUCACUGGUCUCAUGUCAAGGGAUGACUUUGCAACCGCAUGCAAGCGAUUUCCAGUGGGUGUCAUCCCAGCAGGAAAAACCAACUCACUUGCCAAGCUUUUGUUCUGGGAGCCAGGCAUCACCGAAGCCCGGUGGAUUGCACUAUCUGCAAUGGCUGUCGUCUCAGAGCAGCUCUCUAAGAUGGACGUCAUAAGAGCCGAGCUUCAAAGCGAAGAAGGUGAGGAGAAGGAAGUGAAGACUGUGUACUCCCUUGGUCAACUGGAACAGGGUGUAUACCACAGCCUGCUCACUACAAUACCAAAGUAUUGGUACCUUGGCCCGCUGAAGGCAAGGGCUGCACUGUUCUUCGGAGCCCUCAAGGGUGUUCCAGAGACAACUGUUGCUAGACUUUCUUACUGCGAACCAUGUAGUGGUUGCUCACGGUGUUUCAAUCAAAAUGCAUUGGGUGAAGUACAGCCACCCCCCAGGCGUCAUUGGUGGUCUUCACUAAUCCAUAGGGCAGCUCCGCAAAGCGAAUCUCAGGUUGACUACAGCAAGCUCAUCAAUGAGGACUGCGGAGUUUGGCAGGAGGAAGUCACCGAGCACAGCCAGCUUGAUGUUUCGGCAAAUGCACAAAAGGAUCUUCACACACUGCACUUGAAGGCCAGUCCACCACUCUCUGGAAGGUACCAACUGUUCUCUGAAUGCCUUCAGAGGUACUCAGGCAAGACAAGAGAAGUACACACAACCCCACACCAAAUCUUGGCUCGCGAAGCCAUUGUGGACUACUCCAGUGGGUCGCAACAUGGCACUGAAGAGAGCAAGAAGAUGGUGUACAUAGAUUCUGUCGAGUACAAGGCAGACCGCAUGCAUCUGAAGCUUGUUCCUAGUAUUUUGAAUGUGUACCGAUACAUGAAUAGCUAACAGACAGGCUAGGUUGCCCGAGCUUUA